AUGAAAGUGGUAAGGAAGUUGGUGUUGGUAGAAGACUUUUCAAAGUUAAAUUGGUGUAAAUAUAUGCUGGAUUGUUUGGGAUCAAGAAAAAAACUAUGGAAAAGGGAUGACAAAUCAAACUACUACAGUGGUCCUAUUACACUCCUGAUUUUGGUGUACGUGUAUAACAUGAAGUAUUCUAUCAAGUUAGAUAAAAGGCUUCCUUUUAUUGGGCAUAUUAAUGGUGGUAAUUUAUUAGAGAUUCAACGCUUGGAAAUCAAUUUGGGAGGGUUCGGGAGGCAAUUUUGGGAUGAGCAUGAUGAUGUCGAUAUGAGGGAUGAAACAGGAGGUGAAGAACAACAAAUGUUCAACUUUAAGAGGGAUUUUGGAGAUGAGGAGGCAUACGCUGCUGUUAUAAAGCAUAAUUAUGGGGUAAUUCUAACAGAGAAAAGUACUAUGGAGGUUGCGUUGAAGGAUGGUUUGGAAAAAUUCCUUGAUAGUGUGGUGCUGAAUGAGUGGAUGGAGAAAAUGAAUGAGCUUUUCAAGGAAGUGCAUUAA